AUGGAGACCGAACUCAAAAAGUUGAAAACCCUAGUUUCAUUCAAACAAAUAUGCCAUUCCACAACCAAUAUACAAGAUCUAGGCCCCCAAGAUCAUGGAUACACAAGCUUGAAGGACAUUAUCCCGGACUCGCCACCAUGCAAUGCAACGAAUUUUUACGAGUCCAAUGUAUUCCAUUCUUCUAGCAUUUCCAUUCGAAAUGAAUUGGUCAAGCAUGCAGCAUCAGCCUACGUUCAAUCUGCGUUUCUGACAAAUCAAAACCAAAAUUGCUUGGCAAAUCUAUGGGAGAACAUUACGAACCAGGCUGCAAUUCAUUCGUGCUGGAACGUCUAUGUUCAGAUGCCUUUAAGGGCUUGUUUCGGAAUAAUGUUUCGAUUUCUGGAUUGCAUUGUCAAUGGAUUUGGAAGAGUUUCAAGUGGGAGGAUAGCAAUAGCGUGA